AUGUCUGAUAGUUUAUCAGUAACUGCUGCUGCAGCCGAAGAUAAUGUUUCUGAUGAUGAAAAAGAAGAAGAACAAGUAACUAGUACUAUUCAAAAAAAAGAAGAUGCAAAGGUUGAAAAAGAACUUGAUCGAGUUACAGAUCGUGUCGAUGAAGAAGAUCUUGGUUCAGAGAAUAUAGGAAAUGCAUUAACAGCAAUUAAUGAUAAACGACAUCGUGAUGAAUCAAAACGUAAAGCUGAACAAGCAGUAUUAGCUAAUGUUAAAAUUCGAAAAGAAGAUGUUGAACUUAUUAUUCAAGAACUUGAAUUACCAAGAUCAAAAGCAGAAAAAAUCUUACGUCAACAUCGUGGAGAUAAGUUUAAUUAUCUUAAAGCCUUAAUAAUGACCACAGCUAUUGAGUGUCGAGAUUACCGUAAUUUUGCUAAUGAUACAUGCAAUUUUAUGCGUACUACACCUGAUUGUAAAUUAGACGGUGGCUUUAUAAAUUAUCUCACAUUUGUAUUUUGUAAUUUUGAUGAUAAAUUAGUUGCUCUUGGUUUAACAUUAUUAGCUGGUUGGUUAUUAGUUCUAUUUAUUGGUCUAGGUGUAACUGCUGAUUCUUAUUUUUGUCCUGCUCUUCGUGUUAUUGCUCGAGUCCUUAGAUUAUCAGAAAAUAUAGCGGGUGUAACAUUUCUUGCAUUUGGUAAUGGUGCACCGGAUAUAUUUUCUGCUAUAGCUGCUGUUGGUAGUUCAAAAGGAGGUGAUGUUGGUUUAGCAUUUGGUGCACUAUUUGGUGCUGGUGUAUUUGUAACAACAGUUGUUGCUGGUACGAUAGGUCUUGCAACACCAUUUCGUUCAAUACAACGACCAUUAUUACGUGAUAUAAUAUUUUUUAUUAUUGCUUCAUUUGCUGCUUAUGUAGCUAUGUAUGAUGGAAAAAUUUAUUUGGCAGAAAGUUUAGGUUUUAUAAUAAUGUAUGCCGUAUAUUUAAUUAUACUAAUUGGUGGAUAUUUUAUUAAUCGACAACUGAAAGAUCGUCGAGCUUUAUUACAAGCUGCACAUACAGAAGCAGCAGCAAAAACUUAUGGAUCUAUACAAACACCUUUGGAUCAAUCUGUUGUAUCUGUUGAUGAUACAGAUGGUGAUAUACCUGAUGAUAGUUAUGCACAACCAGAUGUUACAUUUGCAUUAUCAUUACGUCAUGCUUUUUUACCACGAGAUGAUACACCAUGGUCAGAAAGAAGUAUAAUAAAUAAAACUUUUUCAAUAAUUAAAAUGCCGGUUGUAAUUAUUCUUCAUUUUACUGUUCCAUUAGUUGAUUAUGAUAAACGAGAACAUAAUUGGAAUAAACUUUUAAAUUCAUUUCAUCUACUUUCGGGCCCAUUGACUGUGUCAAUUCUAACACGAGGUUAA